AUGAAGUUUGAUUAUGAUCUUUUUAUGGAAAUUCUAUGCCUUUUACCCAUUAAGAAUUUCAUACGGUUCAGAAGCUUGUCAAACACAUGUUGUUCCUGUAUUGACAGCCUAGAAUUCAUCAAUCUCCGUCUUAAUCGAUCUAUCAAAACCAGCAUGGAUUGCUGCCUCAUUACUCAUGAACAUGAUCCAAAGGGUUCCAUUUAUGCUUUCGACUUAGACUCGGAUAGAUGCACUGUGGAGCUUAAUCGCCUCUACAACCCUCACACCUCUAUAUCUGGCGAUUGCCAGUUUCACAGAGAUGUUUUUGGUUCUUGCAAUGGGUUGCUUGCUAUGUAUAAUGGUGAGGGCAUAGUCUUGUGCAAUCCAGCAACAAGGGAGCACAAAACUUUAUCUAGAUUUUGGGGUCACUGCUAUGGUGAUUAUGAAAUGCUGCGUGAAUUUGGCUACGAUGCUCUUAACGAUGAUUAUAAGGUAAUCAUUAUGAUUCAAAACUACAUGGAAAACAAUACCAGAGUAAUGGUUUACAGUUGGAAACGUAAAUCAUUGACAAGGGUCGAAGAUCUUCUUGGUUAUUCUAUUAUUCCAACACACAAUAAUCCUCAACCUGGCGGUGUUCUUGUUGGUGGGUCAUUGCAUUGGGUGGUUAAUGGCAAAGGAAAUGUUAAAGAUAGAGUGAUUCUUGCAUUUGGUCUGGGGGAUGAGAAGUUCUUUGAGCUGCCAAAACCUCAAAUGGAAAGUGAAAAUAUUUCCUUACACAUGGUGGAAAUUGGAGGAAGCCUCGCUCUAUGUAGUUCGUGGCCUCACUGGAUGAAUGAGAUAUGGGUUAUGAAAGAAUAUGGAGAGAAAGGUAAAUAUCUUUUCUUUUAUGGUUUACGGCAAGAAAGUAAUCAAAAACUUGGAAACUUGAAUCUUCACAUGUCGAAUGAGAAUUCCAAACUCUUUCGUUCAACUAUUCUGUUCCUUCUCAACUGUCUUCUUGUGCAGACUCAUCAGCGCCCUCGAAGAGUCCUUAAACCAUAG